AUGGACUUUAGAGGCCGCAAAGCAAAUUCUGUUGGCGAUCUCUUUCACUUUGUUCAAGUGCAAGAAGAAGAAGAAGAAUCAGCAGCAGCAGCAGCAGCAGCUGUUGCUGCUGCUGCUGCAACAGCAGCAGCAGCAGGAACUGCUCCUGCACAUGCUGCAGCUGCAGAGCCGCUGCUGCAGCGGGGACUACCGCAGCGUCAGGCUGCUUCUGCUUUUGCUGCUGCUGCAGCAGCAGCAGCAACAACAACAGCAGCAACAGCAGCAGCCGCAGCAGCAGCAGCAGCAGCAGCAGCAACACCAUCCAGCUACAGCAGCAGAAGUUCAAGAAGCAGAAAGGCCUCCCCCUAUGGGCUCAGCCGCUCUUUCCUGCGGCGACCCCUCAUUAGCAGCAGCAGCAGCAACAACAUCAGCAGCAGCAUCAGCAGCAGCAACAUCUGCAGCAGCAGCAGCAGCAAUAGCAGUAGCAACGGGAGCAGCAACUGCAGCAGCAGCAACAGCAGCAGCAGCAGCAGCAGCGUAAACUCACCUGCAGCAGCAGACUCUACAGCUAGCGGCAAUACCACACCAAGGCUCAACAGUAGCAGCAGUAGCAGCAGCAGCAGCAAAAUCUAUGAGGGUCUGCUUCCUCUUGCUUCUUCAGUUGUAUCUUCGCAGGAGCAGCAACACGUCGAGCAGCAGCAGCAGCAGCAGCAGCAGCAGCAGCAGCAGCAGCAGCAGGUUGUGUUGCUGAAGCAGGAGUUGCAGCAACAAAGCAAAGAAUCUCUUCUGUUGUUUUUGCUGCUGCUGCUGUGGGGGGUAGCUCGGCCUGAACUGCAUCUUAAUCUGUUUAGCUGGUGCUAUUUGCUGCUGCUGCUGCUGCACGGCCUUGCAGGUGGAGCCUUCCUCUACUGCAGCAACAGCAGCAGCAGCAGCAGCAGCAGCAGCAGCAGCAGCAGCAGGAAACGAUCUUUGCUGCUGCUGCUGUUGGCCACCAAUGCGUUGCUGCUGGCUUCUUCAGCUCCUGCUUCUUUUUCUUUUCUUUUCGGGGUUUUGCCGCCGUUGGCGCUGCAGCAGCAGCAGCAGCAGCUGAUGCUGCAGCAGCAGCAACAGCAGCAGCAACAGCAGCAGCAGCUGCAGCAGCCGCAGGAAGAGCUCCCUACCGUGCAGCAGUCAGACAAGGGGCUGCUUACAGACGGGCAGCAGCAGCAGGCUGAUUUGUUGUUUUCAAUUCUGCAGCAGCAGCAGCAACAGCAACAGCAGCAGCAGCAACAGCAGCAACAGCAACAGCAUCAGAAACCGGAGCAGCAAGAGCAACAGCAGCAGCCGGGGGGAAGGAUGCAUGCUGCAGCAGCAGCAGCAGCAGCACCAAAAGCAGCCACCGGUCCUGAGGGUGGUGCUGCAGGAGAAGCAGCAGCAGGAGCAUUACCUACUGCAGCAGCUGCAACAACAGCAACAGCUGCAGCAGCAGCAGCAGCAGCACCAGCCGAAGUACCAUCACCUGCAGCAGCAGCAGCACCACUUGAAGAGGCAGCAUUUAUAGCAGCAGCAACAGCCCCUGCAGCAGCAGCAGUACCUGCAGUAGCAGCAGCACCUGCUGCAGCAGCAGCACCUGCUGCAGCAGCAGCACCUGCUGCAGCAGCAGCACCUGCUACAGCAACAGCACCCGCUGCAGCAACACCCCCUGCAGCAGCAGCAGUACCUGCAGUAGCAGCAGCACCUGCUGCAGCAGCAGCACCUGCUGCAGCAGCAGUACCACCUGCAGCAGCAGCAACUGCUGCAGCAGCACCAUCUGCAGGUGCUGCUGCUGCAGCAGCAGCUCCUGCUGCAGCAGCAGUACCACCUGCAGCAGCAGCAACUGCUGCAGCAGCACCACCUGCAGCAGCAGCAGCAGUACCACCUGCAUCAGCAGCAGCAGCAGCACCACCACCACCUGCAGGAGCAGCAACUGCUGCAGCAGCACCUGUUGCAGCAGCACCUGUUGCAGCAGCACCUGUUGCAGCAGCACCUGUUGCAGCAGCACCUGUUUUAGCAGCACCUGUUGCUGCAGCACCUGCUGCGGCGGCUGUUCCCCCUGCAGCAGUUGCUUCACCUAUCCAGCAAGAGCAGCAGCAGCAGAGGCGGCAACCAGAGCAGCAGCAGCAGCCAAAGCAACAGCAGCCAAAGCAGCAGCAGCAACCAGAGCAGCAGCAGCAGAAGCCAGCGCAGCAGCAGCAGCAACCAGAGCAGCAGCAGCAGCAACCAGAGCAGCAGCAGCAGCAGCCAAAGCAGAAGCAGCAGCAGCCAGCGCAGCAGCAGCAGCAACCAGAGCAGCAGCAGCAGCCAGCACAGCAGCAGCAGCCAGCACAGCAGCAGCAGCAACCAGAGCAGCAGCAGCAGUCAGUGCAGCAGCAGCAGUCAGUGCAGCAGCAGCCACAGCAGCAGCAGCAGCCAAAGCAGCAGCAGCAGCAACAACAACAGCAGGAAGGCCAGGCUGCUUCUCCGAGGGUUAGUCAGGAAGAUGGGGCGUUGAGAGGCAGUGCUGCUGCUGCUGCUGCUGCGUCAGAAGCAGGAGGUGCAGCAGCAGCAGUGCCCCAAGAAGGUGCUACUGCUGCAGCAGCAGCAGCAGCAGAUGCUGCUGCAGCAGAGGGUAGGAGCUUGUUGAUCUUCGUUUUUGGGUUUUGUCUGUCGCUGGGGCCUCUCUGCUGUAUUCCUUUUCUGUGGCUGCCAGCAAAUAAGACAGUUAGUUUGCUGCUGCAGCUUACAGAGCAGCAGCAGCAGCAGCAGCAGCAGCAGCAGCAGCAGCAGCAACAGCUGCAGCUGCAGCAGCAGCAGUGGGGAGGCCUGCUGCUGCGCCCUCAUGGGGGCCGAAGUCUUCGUGCAGCGCCACAUAUGCUGUAA